AUGGAGGCGGAGGAACCUUUCAUAAACAACGAUGUAUUUAAUGUUCACGAUAUUGCCGAAAUUGAAGAUUUUCUCAGCGGUUGCGAUGGAGAUUUUAUGAAAAAGUUAGAAGAAGAACUGGCUUUUGUAGAUCCAGACCCUGGAAUUUUAAAUGUAGAUACGAAAUAUAAUCCUAACAUUUCAUCACCCCAAUUGUCACCGUAUUAUAAUGCUCCAGGAAAUCCUUUAGUUUCUCAACAUCCUCAAAAUCGGAAAUCACAUCAUCAUGUUCAACAACCAAAGAGCAGUCCUGUUUUGGGUGUAUAUGGUAGAGAAGAAGGAUACAAUUUGGAUAUUAAAAAUGAAGCAACAUUACCAGAUGUUACUCAACAUUGUUCAAACCAAUCAACACCAACACCAAUGGUAGUACAACAAAUAAUUCAAAGCCCACUCUAUGUAAACCUAGCUCAAGGAAGCCUACAGAAAUUGCCUGAUGGUAGAACAUCACUUGUUCAGUUAGAUGGAGUUUCAAAGAUAAGUCAAGCAUCUAAACCAACAUCAACUCAACCUUUGCUAUUACCUAAUAAUGCUAAAAAUGUUACACCUGUUAUAUUGAAAAGUACUGAUUCUAAUUUUUCUCCAGUAAUAUUACAAUCAAAUAUUAUUAAUCCAGAGACACAGACAUUAAUGUAUACCAGUGCUCCUGUACAAGGCACUACUCAAGGCAUCAUCACAAAUGCAAAGUGUGGUAAUGAAGGUCAACCCAUACACACAUUCUUCACUAGUAACAGUGGACCAACUUUGCUCACAACUGGCAUACCAGUUGUUCUGGAUGGAGAUAAGAUAUCUUUCAACCAAACAUCAAAUAAUGGGAGACCUAAAGUGAAAGAAGUGAAACGAAGUGCUCACAAUGCUAUAGAAAGAAGAUAUAGAACCAGCAUUAAUGAUCGAAUAGUAGAACUUAAGAAUAUGUUAGUAGGAGAAGAAGCUAAGUUAAAUAAAUCAGCAAUAUUAAGGAAAACCAUAGACUAUAUUAAGUACUUGCAAAAUCAAAAUGCAAGACUGAAGCAAGAAAAUAUGUCUCUUAAGUUAGCAUGCCAGAAGUCGGGUGUUAAGGAUCUUGUUUUUGACGGAGCAUACACUCCACCACACAGUGACUCUUCUUCCCCAUACCAUUCUCCUCGUGGUAUAGAUAGCGAUUCACCUUCAUCUCCUGAAUAUAAGGUAGAGGAAAAAUAUUCAAAAAUUGUGAUUGGAAUGGGUGAUCACUCUCGAUUAGCAUUAUGUGCCUUCAUGGUUGGGCUUCUUGCUUUCAAUCCAUUCAGUUUCUUAGGAGGCUUUUUAUCAGAGACUGUAUCAAAUGAUUAUUCAGCACGAGUGGACCAAAGAAGAAUUUUAUCAGAUGACAGCUAUAGUUCAAGUGGCUUAUCUUGGGGAACAUGGUUGUUUAACACAUUUCUUAUAUACUUAAUUAACUUUGUGAUACUUGGGGGCUGCCUUAUUAAACUCUUAGUCUACGGAGAUACAGUACCGAAAUCACAAUCCAAGGAAGCUGGCCUUUUUUAUAAACAUAUACGAGAAGCUGAUAAUUAUUUAAAAAAGAACGACGAAAGCGCUGCGUGCGUGGAGCUGCGGCGCGCGCUGGCCGCGUGCGGCGCGGGCGCGGGGGCGGCGGGGGGCGCGGGCGCGGGGGCGGCGCUGGCGGCCGCGGCCCUGCGCCAGCUGCUGCAGCGCCUGCCGCCCGGCGCCUUCCUCGCGCAGCGUGCCGGCGACCUGUGGGCUGACAGCCCGGCGCGCAGGGCGGCGCAGCGGUGGGCGGCGGACGUGGCGGCGGCGUCGCUGCGGCUGGCGCAGCUGCGGGCGCGCGGCGCCGAGCGCGCGCUGCUGGCGCUGCGCGCCGCGUGCCUGGCCGAGGUGGGCGGCCGCGGCCCGCGCCUGGCCGAGGCCUACGUCACUGCCGCCCUGGUGUUCAAGGAUAUGCCCAAGCUUGGGAAUUGGCUGUGUGGGUACUACCUGCGGCGCGCGGCGGCGAGCUGGGACGCGGCGGAGGGCCCGGCGCGCCUGCGCUGGGCGGUGAGCGCGCGCGGGCGGCGCUUCCUGCGCGCGCGCGCGGCCGGCGAGCCCGGCGCCGCCGCCGCGCUGUUCGCGAGGCUGCCCGCCUCCACUGACCCGUUGGCUUAUGCUAUGCGGGCAUACCAUUUGGAAAUACUGCAAAAGAGUCUCCAAAAGCUUCUCUCAGCAGACGAGACAAGUAGCACGCGCGACGUGCUGGACCUCGUCAAGUUGAUCACGGAUGACGUGUCUACAGAUGCGCCACAUCAUACAGGUUGCUGGGACCCCGUGCUGGAGUGGUGGGCGAGCAUGGUGGGCGUGGCGGCGGCGUGGCUGCGGGCGGACGCGCGCCGCGCCGCCCACAUCGGGGACAAGCUCAACUUGUUGCCGGAAGAGCUCGCCAACUGUGAAGACCCACUGCCUGGGGCGCUGCACAUGGCGUACAAAAGCCGGCGCGGCCUGCUCAGUCUGGCGCAGUGCGGGGACGAGCGUUCUGUCGAGAGGACAUCCGAAACUAUACUUAAGGUGUGUGACAUCGCGGGGGCGCGGCUCGCAGACUCGCUGGCGUACUACUGCUGCCGCAAACCUACGCAGCUCAUGUUGUUAAUGCAAGUGCUGUGCUGCGACUGGGUGCUGGAGGUGCGCGCGGGCGCGUGGGAGGCGCGCGGCGGCGCGGCGGGCGCGCGCGACCUGCGCGCCUUCCAGCGCGACCUGCACUCGCUGCGGCGACUCUCGCAGACCUUGCCUUGGGUGACGUCUCGCGUGUUCCUGCACUCGGCGGUGUGCCGCAUGAUGGCGGGCGCGGCGCCGCGGCGCACGCAGCAGCUGUUAGACGGCAGUUUACGUCCGCGACUGAAUCGCUCGUCUAUUAUAUGUGGAAAAGAACGAACACUAGAAGGCGGAGGGGGUGACGGCGAGCGCGCAGUAGCGCUGUACAUGGCGUGCAAGCACCUGCCGGCCGCCGUGCUGGCGGCGCCGGGCGAGCGCGCCGGCAUGCUGGCGCAGGCGGCCGCCACGCUGCAGAAGAUCGGCCAUAGAAGCAGACUUCCCCAUUGCUACCACCUCAUGAAGUCGGUAGGCACUUUGCCUUCUGCAACA